AUGACUAGAUGGGAUAAUUUACACGAACGUUAUUUUAAUUAUUUAGCUACGUUAUCAUUUGAUAAAGCGAAAGAACUUUUAGAAAAAGAUGGUAAUAAAAUGAAUAAUGAUUUUCUUCAAUAUUUUUAUAUGUUAAUACAAUAUGAACGAAGUUAUCAUAAUUUUGGUUUUGUUGUUGGUCCAAAAGGAAAUUUGAGUAGUAUUAGAAAAGAUAAAUCUUUACUUCAAUGUUAUUCUGAUCUUCAUAUGUCAUUAAUUGAAGGACAGUCAAAUAAUAAACAAAAUAAUACAACACAAUCAAUAACAGAUGAUACAAAAGAAAUAGAUUAUAUUCAACAAUUAACUAUUGGUCUUAUUACAUUUCUUAGUGUUCGAACAAAUCUAAUGAAAUUAUAUGAACAAAUUUCUACUGCUGUUAAACGUAAUGAACAUAAUGUUCGUCUAGAAAAUUAUAUUGAUGAAAUUACACAUAUUUCUCAAAUUGAUAUGUCUUCAUUAAAUAUAUCUGCACUCAAUCCAAUACUUCGAUUACUAAAACAUGAAAUUGAUUGUUUAUUAUUAUUAAUACAAUCAUAUGUAUUUAUUUCUGAUUAUCAAUAUAUGAAUAGUAUAUCAACAUUACAUCAUAUGCAUUGUGUAUUAAAAGAAUGGAAUGAUAAUAUUGAAAAUCAACAAAGUACAAAUCAUCGUUUUAUAUUAUCAACAACAAGUCCAUUAAAUUUUUUUAAAUCAUCAACAAAACCAGCAUUAUAUACAUUUUAUUCAAAAUUUCAUGAAUUACUUGUUGCAAAAUUUACAUUUUAUUUCACCGAUAUUUUAUAUGAAUAUGGUGGACUAGAUGCUAAAACACCAAUGGGAAAAACAAAUCCAGAAUUUACUGCACGUAUUGCACAAUUCUAUCGACGUUCAAAUGUUGAAUGGAUUACACUUAUUUUACAUACAACUAAACAACAAAUAUAUUCAAGUCAAAUAGAUCAAUUAGCUGAUUAUCAUUUAAUUCAACCAGUAACAUCUUUUAAUGAUGAUAAACCCUAUCAAAUUAUAUUCGGUUAUCCAAAUAAACCAAAUUCAACAGAUGAAAUUGCACAACAAAUCAUUACAAAAGCGUCAAUAAAUAAUGAAAUGCUGACAAGUGGAGAAAAACCAUUCUAUAGCGGAGAUACCAAUCAAACAAAAACGUAUUUUCUUCAAAAUAUUGAUCCACGUAUAACACUUGCUCUUGUAUUUGCAUCACAUCGUCAAGAACGUGAUACAACAAUAAUAAAUUUUCUAAAUGAAUUACUCGAUUUACUUCGAGGUUCACGGCUAUUAUUAUAUUUUAAAAAUGCUGCUAAAUAA